CUGGCAUAGCCUAAGUUCCGCAUUCCCAAAUCCUCCCAGAUUGGGAUCACGUUUAAAAUCGGGCUGAUGCAACGAUUUCCACUUUUUAAAAUCUACUCUCGACCCUCGGCUGACCAGAAGAAAGGACAUUUGUUGCACCUGGGAUCAAAGUCAGCUGUGGUCGCGACCGAGUCUGACACGAUGCCAGGACAAAUCCCAGAUCCCUCUGUGACGGCAGGCUCCCUGCCCAGCCUGGGCCCACUGGCUGGGAUCUCAGCCACCACGCUGACUGACAAGCUCAAAUUUGGUGACUUCCAGGAGUUCGGUACGAUGCUGUCACCUCUGCGCUUCCUGGACAGUCUGGGGAAGAGGCCCCUAGUCAUCAAAACAGAGAGAGAUGAGGAGGAAGAGAGGAGGAAACGGAGGCGAGAGAAAAACAAAGUGGCUGCAGCUCGAUGUCGAAACAAAAAGAAAGAGAGGACAGAUUAUCUACAAAAGGAAUCAGAGAGACUAGAGAUGUUAAACUCCGACCUUAAAGCCCAGAUUGAGGAGCUGAAGCUGGAACGGCAACAGCUGAUCCUCAUGCUUAACCGCCAUCGGCCCACGUGCAUUGUCAGGACGGACAGCGUCAGAACGCCGGAGAGCGAGGUGAACCCGCUGCUGCAGCAGCUGGAGGCCGAGUGAAGGUGUGACGCCUCUCUGCAGUUCACAGUCAGGGAGAAGCAGCCGACUAGCAGCACUUAGCUUUGGGCCUCGGUCCUGGAGGAGGACAAACCGCCAAGUCCUUCGACCUUAAGUCUCAGAGCGUCGCACCACAAAAUGUGGAUCCAGUAAGAUUGGACUCUGUUUUGGCAGUUAAAUCAAGCUUCUCUUUGUUUCUCUCUCAUUUUGCCAUUUAUUUGUCAGUUUGGUCGGCAGAGUUGCAGCCACUAUCAGUACAAUGAAGUUAUUGGUAAAUGAUCUUACAUUCCAUACAUUCAGUUUGGGGUUUUUACAUAGUGUAUACCUGUUCUUAUCUUUAGCCGCUAGCCCACAUGGUUCGGUCCAAUACAUUUCCACUUUUAAAAACAUUGGUGGUUAACGCCAUCACAGUAAUUUCAAUAAUUCAUUCGGUGAUGUACAAAUCGAUUAUUUGUAUUCAAAAAGCCGAAGCUGGAACUGAGCUACAUUUUAUCAAAAA